GAGAGAAGCUGCUGCUGAGGAGCAGGAGGAGGAGGAGGAGAGGAUGACAAGUCACUCUGCAUCGCACUCCAAGUUCAAGAAACAACUUAUUUGUAAUGAGAACUACCUCUUUAGAAUUAUUAUUAUUAUUUUAAUCUAGAACACGUGUCUGGCUCGCUUAUUCGCAUGCGGUUAAAUCUUACUUAUAAAAAUAGGGUGUCAAACCACGGAGGAUGUUCCGCGGGUUGUUAAAAUGGACACUUUGCCUUCUCGGGCUCGUAACCACGAGCCCCGCCGCACCUGAAGAUGCACCGGCGGAGUUUGGAGGCGAGUCCGGCUCCGGGAUGCUUCACACAGAUGAGCUGAACCUUCUGCAGGAGCUUUCCCUUCAGCUGUCCAACAGCAGCAACGCCUCAAUGAGCCUAGAGGACAGCAGGUGUCCCGUCCUUCAGGUGGGGCAGUACUCCACCUUGGCUCUCCCUCUCCGACAUCUCCUCACUGACGGCUUCGCAGACGAGUUCAGCGUACUGGUGCAGCUGAGGAGCCCUCAGAGAGACGAACGCAGUGUCUUCACCAUGCUCAGCCCCGACAGCCACAUUAUGCUGCAGCUGCGGAUCAGUGCUCACGCCAUCAUCUUCAUCGCAACACAGCAGCGGCACUACGAGUUCCCAGUCAGCGGCCUGUCUGAUGGAAAGUGGCACCGUGUGGCCGUCAGUGUGUCUGCCAAGCGGCUGGCGCUGUAUGUGGACUGCUCGCUCCUGGAGAGUGUGGACUGGGUCUACGAAGGCCUGGGGAUCAGCAGCGACGGGCUGCUCGUGGUCGGAGGCGUCAUCGAGGGCUUUGAGACUCCGUUUGAGGGUCAAAUCCAACAGCUGACCGUCCUGAUGGGCUACCCGGACGCCGCCCGUCUACAGUGCAGCCAGCACGUGCCCCUCUGUGGCGAGACCGCCGCCAAGCCUCCUCGCUCCCCACGUACCCACAACGGCCAGGAGAAUAUACUGCUGUCCUCAAAUGACCUGGAGGACCUGCUGGGGGAUCCCAAGGACGAGUCCUUUUAUAGCUUUGGCCAAAGGGAAAUAUUAAUAAGACGAGAGGGUUCUCGCGGGGACGGAACCGUGCCCUCAGGGUCCAGUCGGAAAGGUUCAGUCGGCCGCGGAGAUGUCUUUGUGGUGGACGAGGACACCGACUUGUUGGAUCCAAUCUUCCAAAAUGGCGGACAGGUCAACCCUCAGUGGAAGCCUUCCAGAAAUGGACCGAAGGGAAGCCAGAAGGAAAAGCCUGAAGUGUCCUCCAAGCAGCCGGAGGAGAAUAUUACUACCGACAAGAAGGCUGACUCUGGCGGCAGAACAUCGGCGCUGUUUCCCGGGAAACCGUCCGGUGACAUCAUUGACCUGGACAAAGGAAGUGCCCUCAAGAAGCCCGCAGUGGGAUUCCCUGUAACCAAGAUGCCUCCAGACCCCAGAACAUCCACGUAUUCGUCUGAAAAGGUGGUCGAGGAGGGGAGACCCGUCACCAGCGGUAAACAACCCGACAAGGAGCGCCCCCCCCUUGUGACCGUUGUAUCCAGAGACGGAGACCUGGCCCUGGGCUCCGAUGGCAAAAUGUACCAACUUCAGAGUGGCCCUCUGGGCCGAAUGGGUCCACCAGGGCAGGAGGGCUGUCCUGGUGAGCCUGGCCUGACCGGAUUUAAGGGCGAUAAGGGUAAACGUGGCCCUGAAGGGCGCCUGGGAAAAGUAGGGGAGCCAGGACCCCCGGGACCGGCAGGUUUACCCACCCUCUACUUGUGGAAGAACACAGCGGAGGAAUGGGCUGCCUUUCAGCAAACCAAUUUUUACCAUUUACUGCGAGCUGGUUGGCCUAGUAAAGAAGGGCCCGAAGGACCACCUGGAGAGACGGGCACGCCGGGCGUACAGGGGCCGCCUGGUGACGCUGGGGAGCGAGGACCAAUGGGAAUGCCCGGAGAGAUGGGCAAGUGGGGUCCUAGGGGCCCUCCAGGAAAGGCCGGGGCCCCGGGGAGGCACGGUGAGAAUGGAGAAGAUGGUCAGCCCGGGUCACCUGGUGCUCCUGGAUCGCAGGGCCCGUGGGGAUACAGGGGAGAGCGAGGGUCCAAAGGGGAAAAAGGUGAUGAGGGUCUCAUUGGUCUCAAGGGUCCGAGAGGAGAAAUUGGCGAACCUGGUGAGAAGGGCUCAACUGGUUUUCCGGGCCCGCCUGGUCCAGUCGGACCGACAGGGCCUCAGGGGACCCGGGGUGGCUCCGGGCUGAUGGGGCCCUUUGGGCCUGAUGGAGAGAGUGGACUGGAUGGUCCUCCAGGUCUGCCGGGGCCGACGGGUGCAGCGGGAUUCACAGGACGAGUCGGUGCUCAAGGGGUUAAUGGCUCACGGGGGGACGUGGGACCUGCUGGCAGUGUUGGUCCCAAAGGACCACAGGGGCCUCCGGGCUCAGAGGGACAGAUGGGACCUCCAGGACUCAGAGGCACCCAGGGACAUCCAGGAAUGAUCGGUGCCGCUGGACCUAAAGGAGAACAUGGGCCUGUUGGGCCUGCGGGGGCCCGCGGGGAUCCUGGCUUUGAGGGGCCAAUGGGUGUUGCAGGAAGUCGGGGUCCGAUGGGUUUUCAUGGGUUGGUGGGUAACAGGGGACCAGAUGGGGACGAGGGGGAUCCAGGACCUAAAGGCGACAAAGGCUUUCAGGGGGCAGCAGGUAUUAGGGGUCCUCAGGGAGAGAGGGGCCCACACGGCGUCCAAGGUUUUGCCGGAACCAAGGGCCAGCCUGGCCCCAAAGGCACCGAGGGCCCAAAUGGAGAAACUGGUCUUCAGGGAAAAAAGGGCAGCCGUGGCUUAAAGGGAAACCGAGGAGCAGACGGACGUAACGGCAAAGCAGGACCCAGAGGAAACAAGGGCCGGACUGGAACGAGGGGCCACUCUGGCCCUCCAGGUGCAUCGGGUUUGCCGGGGCCACCUGGAUCAGAGGGAGCAGAAGGAAAGCCUGGUACACAGGGUCCCUCGGGUGCGGCUGGCAGCGGCGGCAUUAACGGGCCGUCGGGUUCCCAAGGAAUAGCGGGAGUGAGAGGAGCAGAUGGCCCGACGGGUCCUCCGGGGUUACCGGGGAAACCAGGACCUCAGGGACCGCCUGGACCCUCGGGAGACAAGGGUUUCACAGGGAAGUCGGGCAUGGAGGGGCCUCAGGGCCCAGUGGGCAUGUAUGGUAUCCAGGGGAACGGAGGCAUGCGUGGACCCCCGGGCUUCACAGGGGAAAGGGGUGAGCCAGGUUUACGAGGUCCACCUGGGCCUGUUGGGAAGCCAGGACCUGCAGGUCUGUCAGGCACUUCUGGAGACAAGGGACCCGCGGGACCUCAGGGUCGGCCUGGAGAUGAAGGCUCCAAAGGGAUACAGGGCCCACCAGGCUCUCCAGGUCUCCCAGGUAGUGAUGGAACCGCUGGAAAACCCGGGCCCAGGGGAAGCCAGGGGCCUCCGGGACCUCAGGGGCCACAAGGGCCAGCAGGAACCCCAGGCCCACAGGGUGCUGAUGGGUUAUUAGGAGCAGCAGGGGAAAGAGGAGACAAGGGCCUCCCUGGCUCUCUUGGUGAUGCUGGCCUCACGGGACAACACGGACAACAGGGUCUCUCAGGGCAAACAGGAAUCGAGGGCCCACCUGGGCGGAAAGGAGACCAGGGGGACUCCGGGUCUUGUGGGAAACUCGGCCCUCCAGGCCUCCCAGGAGAGAGAGGACUCGAGGGCUCAAAAGGGUCACAGGGGCCUCCAGGACCAGAGGGCAAAGAGGGGGAUGUUGGGCAUCCUGGGGAAGUUGGAGAUCCUGGACCCAAAGGGGACACGGGCGAGUUGGGACCUCCAGGUUUGUCUGGUCGAGAAGGCCCUUGGGGAGACCUUGGAGAAAAUGGCCAGAGGGGCCUAAAGGGGGACAAGGGCCACAUUGGACUAAUGGGUGAGCCGGGGCUGAUGGGGGACGUGGGACCCGCCGGUCUGGCGGGGUUACGGGGAAUCGCAGGCUCCCGCGGUCCCCCCGGCUCAGAUGGACCUCAAGGGCAGAAGGGGAUGUCCGGGCCUGUAGGACUUUCUGGACCUUCGGGGUCAAGAGGCCCUCGGGGAAUGACUGGUGUCCGUGGAGUCAAAGGAGACUCAGGGGCGAUGGGGCCACCUGGACCAGUAGGACAUGUUGGACCUCAGGGAGACCGGGGACCUAAAGGGGAAGAGGGGCCGCAUGGGCUCAAGGGAGAGCAAGGAGCUCCAGGUCCACUAGGGGAACAGGGCGAGCAUGGUCCGUCAGGAAUCCAAGGUCCUCCGGCUCUGCCAGGGAUUGAGGGGCCUCCUGGAGAGAUGGGACCCCAAGGUCCUCCAGGUACCCCGGGGGCUCCUGGAGUGCAAGGAAGAGCCGGCCCAGAGGGGAAAAAAGGCCCACCGGGGGAAAAGGGAGAUGAUGGCCCGGAUGGAUCACCAGGGAAGACGGGUCAUGUUGGAAGGAGGGGGAAACGGGGGAAGGCUGGAAUCAGAGGGAUCCGGGGAGACAGAGGACCUAAGGGCCAGAAGGGGGGAGCUGGACUGGAUGGCGUCUCUGGAUGGCCAGGGCUCAUCGGAAUCCCGGGCUUGCGUGGAGAGGCGGGCGAUCAAGGCACAAAGGGGAAAGAGGGUGAGAAAGGAGACGUGGGUCUGCUGGGGCCCCCUGGAGCUGAUGGCAUGAAGGGUAUCCGUGGUCUUGUUGGGUUGCCUGGUCUACUGGGCCCGAUGGGAGAGAAGGGAAAUAUUGGUCCCCCGGGACCGAGGGGAACACAAGGGACGCCAGGACUGCCUGGCAUGUUUGGGUUCAAGGGUUUGAAAGGCUACCAGGGUUUCCCUGGUGUGCGUGGCAGGAGGGGGCUCCCAGGCCCACCUGGGGUCCCUGGACCUCCGGGAGAGUCAUUGAACAUGACGUUGACUCAGCUCAAGGACCUGAUGUAUGUGUCCGAUAAGCCCAACUAUUCUCUGAUCCAGACUCUGCUAGAUUCUCUGCAGCAGGAGCUGCGGCUCAUGCUGGAUCCUCCCGAUGGCAGCAAGGAGCAUCCUGCCACCACAUGCAUGGAGCUCUGGAUCUGUCACCCCGAAUACAGCAGCGGAAUGUAUUACAUCGACCCCAACCAGGGCAGCACAGGGGACGCUCUGCUGGCCUACUGCAGCUUCUCCUCCACAUCAAAACACACCUGCCUUCAUCCUCGAGACUCUCAGUUGCCCACCAAAGCCUGGAUGGAAGAACUUUCUGACGAGGCGUCCUUCCAGUGGCUCAGCAGGCUGGAGCAAGGGUUUCAGUUUUACUAUCCAGGUGCUAAUGUGGUCCAGAUGCGUUUUCUGAGGCUGCACAGCAGCACUGCCGUGCAGAAUGUGACCUUCUCCUGCCACCCAGGACACAGACUGGGACAGACAGACAGCGACAUCAAAUUCCUCACUGACACAAGGAAGCAAAGUUACCUCGGAGCGCUUAAAGACUGCGUGCCUGGAGAAGAGACCCUUUCUGGACCUCGGGAGUCUGUCUUUGAGUUUGAGGACCUCCAUCUGCUUCCUCUGAGAGACGUAGCGCUGAUGGGUGGAGGCAACUUCACACACCACUUCGGCUUCACUGUUGGACCUGUGUGUUUCAGCUAGAGGUGCCGAACAGCCGUGGGACACAAGCCUCUGUUCAAACCAUGGACACCUAGAGGACUGGAACAUCGCUUCCAAUUUCUGAAGACGUCACUUACCUCUCCUCUGUUUUUGAGGGGAUCAAUCCCUCAAGUUGAGUGACUCCGAUAUUCAAGAAUCUGAGAGGACACAAGCGACCCCUGGCUUUUUUUCACGGAGAAGUCAAUUUUGUUUACAGACACGUUUAUCUUGUAUUGCAUAAUUUAAAAAUGUAUGGGUUUUUUCUACUUUAUAUACAAUGUUUUUUUUCACUCCGUUUGAAUUAUGUGAGUUAUCUAUUUUGGGCUUCAGUCGGCCCCCCGCACGUAUAAAAGCCAGACUGUCCGACCUGACCUCUUAACAACGUGUUCUGCAUGAGGACACAGCUUCUCUGGUCUCCCCAAACAGUAUGAAAAGAGAGUCACGCAUGCAUACUUAGUGUUUUCAACAGCAAAUUUCGUCAUUUUAAUAAAACCUAGUUUAUGGUUUUUCCAGUUAAAUGUAAUUGUAAGGGGUACUUUUUGACGUCUCAGGUAUGAUACAUUAAAUAAUGUACACAUAGCUGCUAAAGCUGUUGUUGCCACAAUAUGUUUUGUAGUUUAGUAUUAAAACAAAAAAAAGAAAUCUGUUAAAGUCGAUUUAAAAAGCAUCACAAUGAGCAACAUAUUUAUAAAGUAGCCACAGUCACAACCAAUCACAACUGAUCCGAUAAAAGACCACACCCGAUAAUCAAUCAAUCAUCCAUCUUCAAACCACUUAUCCGUCCUGCAGGGUCGCCGGGGGGCCGCAGUCAAUCACAGCCAACUUCAGGCGAGAGACACGGCGUUCAUCCUGGACUGGUCGCCAGCCAGUUGCAGAGCUACACAGAGACAAACCAACAAUCACAUUUACACACCUACGGGCAAUUUUAGCCCAGAGCUCGUCUUUGGACUGUGGGAGGAAGCCGGAGUACCCGUCGAGCCGGGACUUUCUUGCAGGGAAACCACGGCGCUGACCACCAGACCACCGUGCAGCCCACACCUGAUAAUCCAACAAAGAGAAUAAUUAAACACAUCGAAUUCAAAUGUAGUCAUGAACACAAUCUCUGACUGAAAUAUUAGGUGCAACAAAUGGAGAAUUUAGUUUGAUUAUCAGACUAGUAUUUUCUCCUUUUCUCUGCGGUUCUCUGACAUAAACAUUGCUGCUGGUUUAUGGAUUUAUUCCUGACUGUACAAAGUUCACCACAUUUGAAUUACUUAAUUCUGCUACGCAUGUAUUUAGCAGGUUUACAUUAGACUACUUACUGUUUUAAUAGAACUGUGUUCUUCUCAUGCAAACCAAACCAAAACUCAAGACUAAAUAACCGGAGGGUGCAGAUCUACUUAUGUCGUCCCAGAACAAUACUCUAUUUACUCUCACUGUAUUGAAAAUAAUCGUGCAUACGUUUGGCUGUGGAGUAAUAGGAGCCCCCCCCCCGGCCCUGCAGAGCUUUGUCGGCCCCAUGGUGGGAAAGAAAUUGCAACCCACUUAGCAUUGAGUAAUUGCUGAAUUUCAUUCAGGUGAUUAAUUUGAUCUGAGCAGAGCUUUUGUCCAGAUAGAAGCAGCAAGCCUUGUAGCCUCUCAACAGAACCACGAUUCGCUGUGUGUCCCAGAGUUGGUGAGCAGUGAGUAAUAAGGUGUGCCCUCCGUGCAGGGAGUGCGGGAGUCAUUUGAGGGGGAUCUCAGGGAGCUUGUGGUCAUCGGGCUUGACUGAAAAUUCCGUUAUGUAACAGGGAAGAAAUGUACUUAUUCUUAAUCUCAAUUAGACUAAUUGGACUGGAUUAGAAAUUCUGGCCUGGUGUUUGAUACUACAUGUUUUCCUUUUAUGUUUAGAUUUGUCAUCAUUCCAUAUGAUAGCCUUGGCUGGCUGAGACUGAUCAUUUUUACUUUACUUGUUUUGUACGAAGUAUCACGUCUGAAAUGACAUGCUGGACAUCCAUCUUGUGUGAUUCGCCCCAUCAGCUCAUUCAAAGAACUGUCAGCUGAAUUAAAAACAAAUACAUAGCCAAAUAUUGACUCUGUGUAUUCAUCAAAGUUUAGCAAUGGUGUGUUCAUGAAUCAAAGUUUUGGAAUAAAGUUCUGACCUGA